GUAAGACACACUUCCUGGGUCAGGUUCACACAGACAAUAAAAGAGGAACUUUGAACAACAAAAACAAGCUGUGAGCUACAUAAUGGCAUCAGCAUAUAAAGGUGAUUUACAGGAUCUGAGGAUUGAGCUGCUGGGUGUCUCUGGAGCUGGAAAGAGUUCAAUAGGAAAUGCAAUACUGGGUCAAGAGACGUUUAAAGAGAGCAGAACCAGAGAGAGUGAGAAACAGAAAGGAAGAGUAAAAGACAGAAACAUAUCCAUCAUCGACACUCCAGGAUUCUUUAACCCUCACCUGACUGAUGAAGAGAUGAAGAAUGAAAUGAUGAAGAGUCUCUACCUCUGUUAUCCUGGUCCUCACGUGUUCCUGCUCGUCAUCAACCUGGAGAACUUUGAGGAGGACGAGAGGAACCAUGUGUUGAAAAUUCAGGAGAACUUUGGAGCUCAAGCUUUGAACUUCACUAUGGUGCUGUUUAUUGGUAGAGAAAAAAUACCAAAUAGGAAAUGGAAGGUCUUCAUAGAAAGUAGAACAUUUCAGAACCUCGUCAAUCACUGCAGAGGUAAAUAUCAUGUGACGAACAGCAAAAGUGAGAUUAUUCCAACUCACAUCACAAAGCUUCUAGAGAAGAUUGAUGAAAUCAUCAAACAGAAUGAUGGCCAACAUUAUGACAUUUCCAUUUACUUGAGAUCUCCAGUAAAGAGUGGAAAAGAGAAGAUAAAACAAGAGAAAGAAACAAAAGUGCAAGAGACAAAACAUGAGCAGAUAAAAAUAGUGCGGGAGAUGAUUCACGUGUGCAGUGUAAAGGAAAAAAGCACAACAAAUGUGACAGAUUUUAUUUCUCAUGUGACAAAAAUUGAGAGGACUGAAUUAUAUGAAGACAGAUGCUCUAGAGUUACACAAGAAAACAACAAUGAUGAAGAGGAGGCUGUAAAACAAUCACUGAGAAACUCUUAUAUGGGAGAAAUAAAUAUGGGAGAAAUAAACACGGUCCAGAAACUGGAAAAAUACUGGAAAACCAGCAGAAAAUGGGACCAGAAGGAACAACAUACAGUGUCAGAACAACAUCCAACCCAAGCAGUGUCAGAGUCCAUACUGAACACACACAUAAAACCUGGUGAGCGCACAGAUCUCAGGAUCGUGAUGGUUGGUAAAACUGGAGCUGGAAAGAGCGCAACAGGAAACACCAUCCUGGGACGAAAAGCAUUUAAAGAAGAAUUGUCUGCUGAAUCUGUGACUGAGAAAUGCCAACAACAUCAGCAGAUGCUGGAAGAUCGAAUCAUCUCAGUGAUCGACACUCCAGGACUGUGUGAUACAAAAAUGAGUAAAGAAGAGCUGAAGAAUGAAUUAGUGAAAUGUGUAGAAAUGUCUGUUCCUGGUCCUCAUGCAUUUCUUUUGGUCAUCAGACUGGAUGACAGAUUCACAAAUGAACAGAAACAAACAAUGAAAUGGAUUCAGAAGAACUUUGGAGAAAAAGCUGAAUGUUACACCAUCGUUCUGUUCACUAGAGGAGAACAGUUAGAUAAACCUAUAGAGGAGUUUCUGACAAAAAACAUCCAGAUUAAUGAGCUAGUUAGAGAGUGUAAAGGUGGUUAUCAUGUUUUCAAUAACAAAAAUGAAGAAAAUCGAUCACAGGUCACUGAACUGCUGGAGAAGAUUGACCGAAUGGUGGAGGAGAACGGAGGAGAGCAUUACACAAAUGAGAUGUACAAGGAAGCUCAGAGGAAAAUAGAGGAAGAGGAGAGGAGGCAGAGAGAGGAAGAAGAAAGAAAGAAGUUAGAAGAAGAAGAAAAGAUAAAGCAGGAUGAAAGAAUGAGGCUGUUGAAUAAAGUUAAAGGUGUGGCCUUAGUGGGAACAGGUAUGGCAGUGUGUGCAGGAGUUGCUGGAGGGACACUAAGUCCAGUUUUAAUCUCAGGAGUAGCAGCAGCCGGAGGUGCAGCACUGACCUCUGCUGCUAAAGGAGCGACACUGCCUGAAGCUUUAAUGGCAGGAGCAUUAGCUGCUGGAAAUGCAGCACUGAAAUCAUACCCCGGUUUCACAGACAAAUCUUAAGUCUAGUCCCAGACUAAAAUGCAUGUUUGAGCUGUUCUAUUGUUUUGUCUCAAGAUGCACACCAGUAAUUAUUUUAUUUUAUUUUUUUUCUAAGGCACAUUAAUAAAAGCCAUUUAAAUGCCCUAAUCCUGGCUUAAUCUAAGCACUGUCUGUGAAACCAGGCCCAAGAUAAAGUAUGUAUGUUUUUUAAACAAAAAAGUACAACAUCAGUGCACAUGUCUUUUCCUUUAGCCUUCUGGUAGUGCCACUUUUAUAAUCCAGAACUGUCAAAACAAAUUUAGAAGUGCACACUUUUUGAAUCAUGACUCAAAAAAAAAAAAAAAAAAGCCAUGGCUUCUUAAAGGGUUAGUUCACCCAAAAAUUAAUUUCUAUCAUUAAUUACUCACCCUCCUGUCAUUCCAGAACCGUAAAGGUGAUCAUGGGGCAGCUUUUUGCGCAAUGUUGUCGGGCAAUGUCGCCAAGCGAUGAUGCUUGGGCAUUUCUAUCUUGAUACUUUAGAUUGAAAUUUGUUUUCCCAUUCUCAUUGGGAAAGUAUGGAAUCCCGUUUCCACCACUAAAUAAAAAAAUAAAAACAGCAAUUGCGACUUUUUAUCUCAGAAUUGCGACUUUUUAUCACUAUAAUAUAAACUCGCAUUUGCAAGAAAAAAAAGUCAGAAUUGUGACUUUAUAUCACACAAUUGCGAGUUUAUAUCUUGCAAUUCUGACUUUAUAACUCACAAUUGUGAGAAAAAAAGUAAGAAUUCUGAGAUAAAAAGUCGCAAUUACUGUUUUUAUUUUUUUCUAUUCAGUGGCGGAAACGGGCUUCCAUAGGAAAGUGCCCAAGCAUCAUCGCUCCGCGACAUUGCCUGGCAACAUUGCUCAAAAAGUUACCCCAUGUCCCGUGACCUUAAGACCUUUGUUAAUCUUCUGAACACGAAUUUUGAUGAAAUACAAAGGUAUCUGAGCCAUGCAUAGACAGCAAUGUCGUUCGAGGUCCAGAAAGGUAGUGAAAACGUCAAAAUAGUCAACGUGACUACAAUGGUUCAACCAUAAUGUUGCCGGCGUUCGGACGUAAACACAGAAGCACUGCACUGUGUUCACUAUGUCAACUGCUUUUGACAACAGUUCAGAUUUUUAAAUAAAGUAAUUUAUUUUUGUUCCGUUUUUGUGCACAAAAAGUACUCUUGUCGCUUCAUAACAUUAAGGUUGAACCUCUGUAGUCACGUUGACUAUUUUAACAAUAUUUUUAAUACCUUUCUGGACCUCAAAAGGUGUAAUGACAUUGCUACUGUUAUAUGUGUGGUUCAAAUACCCUUAGAUUUCAUCAAAAAUAUCUUAAUUUGUGUUCUGAAGAUGAACGAUGGUCUUACGGGUGUAAUUAAUGACAUCAAUUUCAUUUUUGGGUGAACUAACCUUUAACUAGUCAGCUAGACUCGAAUUUUCAAAAAAUUCUGUUCCUGCAUCCACUUGUCAUUUCAUUCUCAUUCAUUAUUAGCAGCAUUUGUUAAUAGUAAUGGGUCGGAAGUGAAUGUAGAUAGACAACAGUAUGAGAAGUGUGAAUUUACAACCUAACAGACUUUAGUAUAAAUGGUAUCAACAAGAAAAUAAAAACAGAAUUGUAUCAUGUUCCAGUAUGACACUGUUUACUCAAUGUAGUGCACAACAGAUUUAACACAUAAGAGUCUAAGCUACCACUUGUGCUUCGGUAGUUUAAAUAUGUGACACAUUAUUCUCCUUGCAUUAAAAUAAUGUAUUUUUUAUUCAUUAUAUUUUGAGUAUUGUAAUGUGAUUCAUUAAUGUUUUCAAUUCAGUCGAUUCUGCAUACAGCAUAUAUUGUACGAAAGCAUCAAAUAUAAGACAAAUACCAUGAGGUUAACUGAAAAAUGUUGUAAAUGCAGCCAAUGGGCAGCGUUGACUGUAUUUUUUCAUAUUAUGAGGCAGUUUAGACACUUCUAGUUGUCUUGUUCAGGUUCACAGAGACAGAUGGAGAGACUCUGAAUGACAAAAAACAAAUGACAAGAGGCGUAAUGUCAUCAGCAAUAUCAGCAACGUAAAGGUUAGUCUGAAACAACCGAUUACGACACUCGAGGACUACAGCUAAUACUUAAGCUAAUAAUACUGAGAAUUGAAUCAUAUACUGUGCUGUUUGUUUCUGGUAGCUGACAGUACCAAAUGCUAAA